AAGGGCUUUACACACACAGCACGCCAUACGAAGGAAUAGCAGCUGAGGAGGACCUAUCCAGCCCCCACCACCACACACACAGUGACAGCGCACGCACAGGAGGACCCUACUACGGGAACCCCCUGUCCCUGACGUCACGGCGCUCCCGCACUGCCAUUUCCCGUCAUGCUCAGGGUUGAAAGUGGAGGCGCGUCCGCUGCACGUCACUUCCGUUAGGCCGCCAGUCUCGACUCCUGAGCGAGAUCCAUUCGGGAGCGAGUUCUCGCCGCCGCUGCUACUGCUGCUGUGUCUGGCUGGCUGCAGCCACAGGGUCACGAUGAGACGCAGCAAAGCGGAGCUACAGAAAUAUAUCGAGAGUGUCCAGGGCAGCGCGGCCUCUCCCCGGGAGAAAUCUAUGAAGGGAUUCCUCUUUGCUAAGCUGUACUAUGAAGCUAAAGAAUACGACCUUGCCAAGAGAAAUGUAUCCUCUUAUAUUAACGUUCAAGAAAGGGAUCCAAAAGCUCACCGUUUUCUAGGACAUCUUUUUGAGAUUGAAGGAAAUGUGGAAAAAGCGGUUGGCUGCUACAAGCGUUCGUUGGAAUUAAAUCCGACUCAGAAGGAUCUUGUCCUUAAGAUAGCAGAGUUAAUAUGCACUAUCAACGUCACAGAUGGCAGAGCAGAAUACUGGGUAGAAAGAGCAUCCAAGCUGUUUCCAGGCUAUUCUGUUAUUUACAGGCUGAAAGAACAGAUGCUAAACUCUCAAGGUGAAGCUGGCUGGAAUCGCUUGUUUGACUUGAUCCAGUCUGAGCUGUUUGCCCGACCUAAUGACGUAUAUGUGAAUAUCAGACUUGUAGAGUUAUUUCGGUCAAAUAAAAGGCUAGAAGAAGCGGUAGUCCACUGUCUCAAACGAGAGCGAAGAGCUUUACGCACUGACUUAGAAUGGUGCACCUGUGUUGUACAAGUUUUAAAGGAAUACCUAUCUUCUCAACCUGCUUCAGAGAAAAACAAUUGGAGAACUAUUAACAGAGAACUGUUGCUUGCUCAUGCAGAUGUUGUUCUCCUAACACUUUCUACCAGAGGCGUGCAGGAAAGCAAGGUGGCACUUGAAAGUUUUGAUCAGGCACUUCUGUCGGUGAAACCCCAUGCCAAUGGCACAGAUGAUUUGUCUGCUACAUUUUCUGAAAUGCGAGGCCAUUACUACAUGCAUGUUGGAAGCCAGUUACUAAAAAUGGCCCAGCACCGUGAGGAGCACUGGAAGGCUUUGUUAGAACCUGCUGCACUGUGUUAUCUUCUUGCUUUCCAGGUUCCAUGGAAUAAACCAAUAAAUGGAGAUGAAAAUCUGUUAAAUAUUCUUGAAGGAUUAGCCUGUGAUCGACAGAGUCAGUCAGGACAUUUGCUGCUGACUCUGAGCCAUGGCAAAGAUGAUUUCUUGAGAGAUGUCACCGAAACAUUUGCUAACCAAAGUGGUCAAACUAAUUUGCUGAAGUUGGUGUUUGAAAACCAAAUGUCGAUGGAAUGCUCUUACCUGGGCACCGAUGACAUACGAGAUGUAAGCUGUCAAAUACCAGAUCUAAACGAGCUACGUCGAUAUGACCAUGGUGCAGUUCGUACCCACAAUGGUAAAUUGCAGCAUUUAACCUGGCUUGGACUACAAUGGCACUUCAUGUCAUCUUUGCCUAACCUUCACAAGUGGCUUAAGCAGAUUUUCCCUCAGCUACCUCAGGAAACGUCUAGGAUAGAAUCAAACGCACCAGAAUCAAUUUGCAUUCUUGACCUUGAGGUAUUUUUACUAGCGGUUGUGUACACAAGUCAUCUCCAACUACAAGUUAAUUAUAAUACAUCAAAUGACCGCAAUCGACCACGUUGUCUUCCUUUGCCAAUCUGCAAGCAGCUAUUUACAGACAAGCAGGGUUCGUGGUGGGAUUCAGUCUACAGUCUUAUUCACAAGACAGCUCAGUCUGGUGCUUCAGCAAAGCUUCGUCUUGUGAUCCAGCGUGAACUUAACACCCUGCGGGCCUUGGAAAAACAUGGUCUGCAACCUGCCCUCCUCAUACACUGGGCAAGAAGUCUUUUCAACAUAGGUAACAGCCUGAAUUCCUUUUACGACCAAAGGGAUUACAUGGUCCGUUGCAUCCACUACUGGAAGAAAGUGCUGCCGCUUUUGGACUUGGUCAAACAGAAGAGGAGCAUUCCUGAACCAGUUGACCCUCUCUUCAAACAUUUUCAUUCCAAAGAUAUUAAGUUAUCGGAAGUAAGAGACUUGGAGGAUGAGGCUGGUAUUGCAUUUGCAAAGAUGGAUCUCAUUGACGGAAAAACAGAUGAUGCCAUUGUAGCUUUGGAAGCAAUUAAGAGUGUUGCUUCCUAUUGGAGUCUUGCUGUGGUAUACCGGCAAAAAGGAGAGGAUAUUGAGAAUGAUAUUCUAUCCUCGGAAGAGCAGGAAGAAUUUCAAAACUGUAUGCAAAAAUGUAAAUCGUAUCUGGUUAAGAUUCUUAACGAAGUCUCAGCAGAUCCUUCAUUGGCAGAAAAGCUGCCUGUUCCUGUUGAAUCUGUUGAAGAGAUGCUGGAUGAUGUUAGGCAAACUCUUGGAGAAGUUUGUGAAGAACAUAGCCCACAUGUCAGAGAUGCACAGUCCUUCAUGUCAUCUUCUGCUAUAAAGCACUCAACUCCUUCUCCAUCAAAGUUCUCUAUAUCGCCUGGCAAAACAUCAAAGUUUUCCUCGAAAACGCCACCACCAUGGGCUGAAGAUCAGAAAUUAUUAAUUGAACAACUUGUUCAACAAGUUGAAGCCUUGAAGAAAGAAGUCCAAGAGCUAAGAAUGAAUGGUUCAGCCAGUACUGUAUCAUCACAGCGUUGGGCUGCUGAAGGAUUCAGUUCUGAUACAGCAACAGACGGAUACCAUUUAGCCCAGAGUUACUAUGAUGUUCCACUGACAGUUUCUACAACAGCACAUCCUGGUUACUAUGCACAGUCGCCGGCAUACAAUCCGCAGCAGCUUCUUAGGCCAGUGACAAAUGUUACCCCAACAAAGACUCCUGUGUACCCAGUGAACAGAAUGACAACUCAGCAGCACAUGUAUUCCAUGCAUACGCCACCGGUCCAGAACACUGCAAUUUGUCCACCUGCGUUGCGUUUUGAGUCUCCUGCAACUAAUAUUUUAUCUCCUCAAACUGAUGAAUAUUAUAACUACACAUUGCCUCAGAACACUGCAAACCCAGCACUGCCUGAGCCGGGCUAUUUUACUAAAGCUGCUUUAGGACCUCAACCAGCCAGACCAGAAGGGUCAAAAAUAGAGUUUGGGAAAAAUAACUUUGUGUUGGUUGAACAAAGUGAAGGACCAAAACCCUCGCCAUUUACUGCCCCAAUGCCGUCUACCCCAGGAUCUACCUUUAAAUUUAACUCCAACUUCAAGUCAAAUGAUGGAGACUUCACAUUUUCCUCUUGUCAGUCUGGAGCACCGCCAAGUGCUGGUAGUGAAUGUCUCUUACGUCUGCUUACAUCUGAUAAACCUGCUCAAGAGCCAGGGAAAAAAUCAUCCACUUUUGAAAGUGACACAGAUUCGAGGAACAUGUUCAGGUUUGGCGAGAAAUGUUUUUUGAGUAAUUUCGGUGAAGGCACAAAUCAGGCUCAAGAUACCAAUAAUGCGAUUUUUGGGCAAGGUGACAAUGUAUUUAGUUUCCAAAACCCUGGGAAGGCAACCUUUGUGCCUCCGGCCUUUGUUGCAGAGACAAAAGAAGAGCACAAUCAAAGCAGGGAGUCUGUGGUUGAAGAGGAUGGGCCACAUUUUGAACCGGUAGUACCAUUACCGGAAAAGAUUGAGGUGAAAACCGGAGAGGAGGAUGAGAAAGAGAUGUUCUGUAACAGAGCAAAACUUUUCCGGUUUGAUGUAGACACUAAAGAAUGGAAAGAAAGAGGUUUAGGAAAUGUUAAAAUUUUAAAGCACCGUGUUUCUGGUAAGAUACGUCUGCUGAUGAGGAGAGAGCAAGUUUUGAAGAUUUGCGCAAACCAUUUAAUAAAUACAGAAAUGAAGCUAAAACCACUUGCCGGAUCUGACAAAUCCUAUGUUUGGCAUGCAUGUGACUAUGCUGAUGAGAUGCCAAAGCCAGAGCAGUUUGCAAUUCGUUUUAAGACUACAGAGGAGGCUUUGCUUUUCAAAACAAAGUUUGAGGAGGCACAAAAACUGCUGCGAACUACAGAUAGCCAUGCUGCUCCUCUGAAACCUGAGAGAGACACAAUAAAGACUGCCCCGAGAAGCACACCAGGUGUUUCCUUUGGCUCACAGUUUGGUUUGAAGCAAGGAGAAUGGCAGUGUCAGGCCUGUCUUGUUAAGAAUGCGGAAACCACUGCUGCUUGUGUAUGUUGUCAAACACCUAAUUUAAAUACCAGCUCAAGAAAGACCUCCACUACAAACGACACUAAACCCAUGAACGUUGGAGUGAUGUCACAAAGUAUGCCUGCAUCCGCUUUCACAUUUAGCAAGGAUGCUAUAACUAGCAAACCGGCAUCUGGUGAGCAACUUAAAAAGAGCAAGGAACAGUGGAUUUGUAGUAAGUGUUCCACAGUGAAUGAUGCUGCAGAAAAGCAAUGCAUUACCUGUUCAAACAAGAUCAAUGUGAUGCCAACCACUGGUUUGAAAAAUGCCAUAGAUAUACAGGGAAGUACAUUUGGCUCUGCCUUUUUGAAAAAAGCUGGACAGUGGGAUUGUGAGAGUUGUCUGGUACGGAAUGAAUCCUCUGCAAUAAAGUGUAUUUCAUGUCAAACGCCAAAUAAAUCUAAUGAGUUGCAGACAUCUGCUUCGUCUUUCAAGUUUGUUGCUCCUGAAAGCAGUUCACAAAAGGACUUUAUGGGCAAGUUUGCAAAGAAGGAAGGGCAGUGGGAUUGCAGUACUUGUAUGGUAAGGAAUGGAGCGGAUGUUUCAAAAUGCCUCUCAUGUGAAAGCCCCAAACUGCCGCCAACGAGCAAUGUAAUAGGGCAUCCUGUUCAACCAUCUGGUUUUAGUUUUAACAAAACACAAAAUGGUAGCUUGGAGAACAUGUUUUCUCGAAAGGAAGGACAAUGGGAUUGCAGUGUGUGUUUUGUUAGAAAUGAAAGCACAGCAGCAGCUUGUGUUGCCUGUCAGGCUACUAACCAAAAUGCAAAAAGCAGCAUUACUACAACAGAGACAAAACCAGCCUUUACGUUUGGUCUUAAAGAAGGUUCUUCUGAACCCUUUGGACCUCCAUCUACAGGAUUUAAAUGUAAUUUCACUGGGAAAGAUUUUAAGUUUGGCACAACUGAUGAAUUGGCAUCCUUCUCCUUCAAAGCCCCUACUACUAGUGAAGAAACCAAACUGUCAGGAGGGUUCAACUCUACAAUGUCUUUCAAUGCUGGCUCUUUUAAGUUUGGGAUUACAGAAGUGGAUAAGAAAGCUGAGCAUGGUAAAGAAACGCCUACUGUUACAAAGGCUACUGAGGGAGACCGCAAAGCGGUGGCAGUUGUAGCAUCUGAUCCUGGGGAAAAAUCCGAAGAAAGCAAGCAAAAAUCAAGUGAUGAGAUAACACUAGGUCAGUCAUCAAAUGGCUUUUCUUUUGCUGAACUUGCCAAAACUUCGGAAGGAUUUGCAUUUUGUAAAACUGACCCUAAUUUUAAAGGGUUUUGCCGUGCUGGUGAAAAAUUAUUUGUUUCCAGGAGUGAUAAAGGUGGCAAAUUAAUUACAGUGACUGAGCUGGAGGGUGUGGAAGAGAUGUACAGGACAGAAGAUCGCGACGACAUACACUUUGAGCCCAUUGUACAGCUUCCUGACAAAGUGGAGCUUGUAACUGGGGAGGAAGAUGAGAAGGUACUUUACUCACAGAGAGUGAAACUAUUCCGGUUUGACACAGAAAUCAGCCAGUGGAAAGAACGUGGUGUUGGCAUGCUUAAAAUUCUUAAAAAUGAAGUAAAUGGAAAACUUAGAAUGCUUAUGCGACGAGAACAGGUGUUCAAAGUGUGUGCAAACCACUGGAUUACAACCACAAUGAAUCUGAAGCCUUUGUCUGGCUCUGAUCGUGCCUGGAUGUGGAUGGCUAGUGAUUUUUCUGACGGGGAUGCAAAAUUAGAGCAUUUGGCAGCAAAGUUUAAAACACCUGAACAAGGGGAGGAAUUCAAAAACAAAUUUGAAGAAUGCCAGCGUCUCCUUUUAGAUAUACCGCUGCAGACUCCGCAUAAACUUGUAGAUACUGGUAGAACUGCUCAAUUGAUAAAGAAAGCAGAAGAAAUGAAAAGUGGCCUUAAAGAUCUGAAAACUUUUUUAACUGACCAGGCAAAGCCUGGAGAGGAGGACGCAACUGUAAGUAGCUCUGUCGACCUAACAAAGAAAGUGUCUGACUUCACGGACCCUACUUAUGAAUGGGAUACAUACGACAUGAGGGAAGGAGCCCUUGAAAGAAGUUUAGAUGACUCUGUUUAUGCCUCUCCUCUAACCAGCAGCCCAGAGAAAAGUAAUCUCUUCAGAUUUGGGGAAUCUACCACUGGAUUUAAUUUUAGUUUUCAGCCUGGGCCAAGUCCAGCAAAGUCUCCAACCAAGUUAAAUCAGAGCAGGAUAUCUGUGGGUACUGAUGAGGAGUCUGAUGUGACACAGGAGGAAGAGCGGGAUGGUCAGUACUUCGAACCUGUGGUGCCUUUGCCUGAUUUAGUUGAAGUCAGCAGUGGUGAGGAGAAUGAGCAGACUCUCUUCUGCCACAGAGCAAAGCUUUAUAGGUUUGAUAAAGAUAGUAAUCAGUGGAAAGAGAGGGGAAUAGGAGACCUAAAGAUCUUACAGAACUAUGACCUCAAAUCUGCUCGUGUAGUGAUGAGGAGAGAUCAAGUUUUAAAACUGUGUGCUAAUCACCGUCUUACACCUGAUACCCAUCUAGAGCCCAUGAAGGGAGCUGAAAGGGCAUGGGUAUGGACUGCAUUUGAUUUUGCAGAAGGUGAAGGUAAGAUAGAAUGCUUUGCUGUACGUUUCAAACUUCAGGAAGUUGCAGAUCUCUUCAGAGAUGUUUUUGAAGAAGCAAAAGGUGCACAAAAUGAAGACUAUUUGCUCACUCAGGUUUCUUCACGUAACACUACUCCAAAAACUUCACCCUGUGGAAAGGCUGCUGUGGCCAUAUUGGAGGAAACCAUAAAAGAAAGAACAGAUGACGCCUCUGUGUCUACCUCUGUUUCAGAGGCAGACUCUGAUGCAGCUAGUCCCUCAGAUAAGGCCUUAAAAGCUGUGGUGUCUCCUCCUAAGUUUGUGUUUGGGUCAGAAGUAGUGAAAAAUAUCUUUGGCACAGAGAAACAAGGGUUCUCCUUUGGAAACACUUCUGGAGCCGGAACAAUGUUUGGUUUUAGCUUCAAAGCUUCAAAAGCUUCUAAUGAAGAAGACCAAAAACUACUUCCAAAAUGUGCCCCAGCACAACUAGAUUUUAAAUCUUCCAGCAAUCUGAAAGAGCCAUCACAUCAAAGCAUUUUACAAAGUACAACAGUUACAUCCUCCUCAACUGCAACAUCCACGCCACCACAACAUAUCGCAGCUAAAGCCAAGAGUAGUAGUGAUCUUCAAGCUGACAGCUCUUCUGAUGUGAUCAUUUUGUACGAGCUAACUCCGACGGCAGAGCAGAGAGUAAUGGCAGAACAGCUACUUCUUCCUCCAACUUUCUUCUGCUACAAGAACCAGCCAGGCUAUGUCAGCGAUGAGAAUGACAUUGAUGAUGAAGACUUUGAGACUGCAGUCAAGAAGUUAAAUGGACAACUUUACAAAGAAGAUAAAGGGAAAAAUCAAGCCUCUGCAUCAGGCCACAGUCAACAACCCGCCACAGAGUCCGAGAAGGAAUGUGUUAUUGUCUGGGAAAAGACGCCCACUCCUGAAGAAAAGGCAAAAGCAGAAACGUUGAAGUUGCCACCAACCUUUUUCUGUGGGCUGGGCAGCGACACAGAUGAGGAAAAAGAUAACUGUGACGACUAUGAAUUUGCAGUUAAGAAAGUGGAGUCAGAAGAAUCUCCGAAAACAGAAGGAAGGAAUGGACUUGCUGAGGCAGCAGACCCUUUCCAUAUAAAACAUGAAGGCCCAGACACCUCUUCUCAGGAACCCGUAGACUUGUCAUCCAAAACAGAAUCACUGAAGCUGGAUUCUGACAGCCCAGCUACCAACUUUUCCUUUGGCCUAAACGUUGGCUCUGCCGUGACAUUUGCCGACCUGUCAUCAAAUAAUGGGGAAUUUGCCUUUGGUUCUAUAGGUACAAACUUCCAGUGGGCAAACACUGGGGCAGCUGUGUUUAGUUCCGUGACACGUACAAAAGAAAAAGAAGGUGAAAGUGAUGAAGAGCUGGUUCAGAGCGAUGAUGUGCACUUCGAGCCUAUUGUGUCCUUGCCAGAGGUUGAAGUCAAGUCUGGAGAAGAAGAGGAGCAGAUUCUGUUUAAGGAAAGGUCAAAGCUCUAUCGCUGGGACAGGGAAGCCAAUCAGUGGAAGGAGAGGGGAGUAGGGGAGAUUAAAAUCCUUUUCCAUCAAGAAAAAAAAUAUUACCGUGUAUUAAUGCGACGGGACCAAGUAUUGAAAGUGUGCAUAAAUCACAUUAUCUCUAAAGACAUAAAACUGGCACCGUUAAAUACCGCCAACAAUACACUGGUUUGGAUAGCAAAUGAUUUUUCUGAUGGUGAAGGCAAAUUGGAACACUUUGCGGCUAGAUUCAAAACCCAGGAGCUGGCAGACUCUUUCCAGAGAAAGUUUGAGGAAUGCCAGCAGAGUCUAUAAAUGUCUGUGUCACAAUGGAGAUUUUAUUAGCAGUUAAUGAUAGCUCAUCCAUUUUUGGAUUUGUUGACUGGACACUUGUUAGAUUUCACUUAUUCUCUCUAAAUUUCUGUUAAAGAAUAAGCUGUGCUUCAUCCGGAAGUAUCUUCUAGUUCUGCAUCUUUCUUAACAGAAUACAAAUAAAUAAGUGAUCGUAAAUAUAUUUACAUUUGUGUAAACAAAUUCUUUGUGCACUUGUAAGAACUCAAACCUAUUUUUUAAAUGUUAGUAUUGUAAAUAAAGUUCAGAGUGAAA